CCAAUUCAUCCGACUUCAUUAACCUCUUUAGUCGCCACUCGCCUAGCCAACCUAAUCCCUUUUUGUCUGGACGCGAUAGCCUCAAAGAGUCCAGAAUUGCCAAGCGAUCGAUACAUCCUAUCCUACCUUUUGAUUUGUCAUUCUGGCGUUCCGAGCCCUUCGAGCAGCUGGCCUAGCUAUUGGCCUCGGAGUCACUGCCCUUGUCGCCUAUCAACAGUCUGGACAAGGCCAGAUGGCGUCUAGAAACCACCAUUUAGAUGCGACGGGUGAUCGCGAGGUAGUCUUCUGUCAUGGCUGCAGGAACGAGUGGUACCGAGAUCAACACCCGAAUACUUUAGAAUGCCCCGAGUGCCACGGCGAGAUCACAGAGAUAGUUUCACCCGAAAGCGAUCCUCGCAACCUAGACGAUGACAAUUUGCUAGCUGGUUUCGGACAACACCGUCGCUUUCAUCACCCUCAUCACCCUCUUCUCGAUUCUGAUGAAGAUCCCGACGAGGACGAUAUUGAGGAGCACCUACUUCGUGGUCCUGGGGGCUUUUAUGGCCAUCGAUCUAUAUUCCGAUCCCCCGAUAGCCAAGGCCUUAGGACCGCCCCCCGAACGGCUCCCGAGAAUAGCGACCAGAUCUUCCGCAGAUUCACGGAAAUGCUAUCAGAUAUGGGAGGAAACCCCUCGAUUGGUCGAUCCGGUCCAGACACACUAUUCGGAGGUAGUCAAGCCCCGCGAGUUACGCUUCAAAGGUUUUCUGGCCCCGGCUUCACUGGUGGUGUCAGUAGUGUUACCUUUACAUCCAGUUCCUCGCGGGCUCGCCCCGAUCCUGGCCACGGACCCGGAUUAGGCCCUGAAGAUCCGUUUCAAAGAGUCUUUGGAAAUAUAAUGGGAGACCUAGGUCCUCCCCCCAUUGGUCGUGACUCUCCAAAUGGUCCAAAUCAAGCUGGCAGAGAGGGCGGUCCCCGCCAACCAGGAGAUUUCUCGUUGGCUCUAAGUCAGCUGAUAGCGAGCCUCAUAAAUCCUCACACGGUUCACGGUGAUGCGGUUUAUUCUCAGGAGGCACUAGACCGCAUCAUCACGAGUCUCAUGGAGGCACACCCGCAAUCAAAUGCUCCAGCACCUGCUUCGGAGGAGGCUAUUGCCAAUCUACCAAAGAAGAAGUUAGAUGAGGAGAUGCUAGGACCCGAAUUAAGAGGCGAGUGCACUAUAUGCAUCGAUGAGGUGAAAGUGGGGGAUGAAGCUGUUGUGCUACCGUGUACACACUGGUUUCACGAACAGUGCGUCGUCCUAUGGCUGAAACAACACAACACAUGUCCUAUUUGCCGCGCGUCUAUCGAUGGCGAGGCUGCUGGCCGUCCCGUCACUACAACCUCAGAUGCACAGCCCGGCCCGUCUGAUACUUCGUCUCAACACCGAAGAUGGGAUGGCGCUCCGCCGAUAAGUCGCCUGAGAUCUGACCAGACUAAUUCUUCAAGCCGGUCGCAAACAUUCCAUAGACGAGAUUCGAACUCGCCCCCGACACACUCUGGAACGGCCUCAGUCAGGGUUAGAAGCCCUUCCCCUUCCAGCCGUCGUUCGGCGCAAAGCGAUAGGACACGUGAUGGAAGAGGUUCUAUCAGUGGCCCAUUCCGUUGGAUCAGAGACCAAUUCGGAGGAGAAAGGCGCCAGUAAAUAUAUACUCGCUCGAUCCUUUCAGCCUUUCGGAAUCUUUUACUGCGUUCGGAAUGAAGCAUUUUGGCAUUGUUUGGUGGUA